AUGGAUACCGCAUUCUCUAUCCAACAGCCGCCUGUUACGCAGUUUCGGCCACUGCACACCUACCAGCAACCUCUGCAAUCAUCAAAUGAUCAGCUACUACACUGGAAGAGCUCAUUUGAGCCAAGACUUGUUCAGGAUGCUGCCAUCAAAGCAUUUGUGAAGCUCGUUUCUCGGCUCAUUAUUCUUGACGAGGGAGAGAGCUUUUGUAUCCAGGACUCACAACGUGGUGGAUAUAUCUUGGCACGUUCGGAUCAGAAUAUCGAUUUUAUUCAAUGCCCACCUGACCAAGAUAUUACUACUCAAUUCUCUAUUGGCCAAGGAAAGGAUGUGCAACUUCACAUUGAAUCUGAUGGCGAGAUCCGUCUGACGGUUCAGUCGAGCAUAAUCCCUGAAGCCGCUCUUCAGGCAGUAGGAUGCAUGCUCGACGAUAUUCUUGGCCAAGAAAACCAGACUGGACUUUCUGAAUGGUCACAGCCUUCUGUGCUUAACUUCCCACCAAAGACCUGUCCUAUGGACUUUUCUCGUCAAAAUGGAACACAGUUGGAUCAAAUCAAAUCAAGUGGUGAUGGCGACAAGACCGGCUUUCUACAUCAUUGGUUUGAACAGCGUGCCGUUGAGAGCCCUGAGACAACUGCAAUCGACUACUUGACUGAUCUCGAAAGCGGCAACCGUAUCCAGUUCACAUAUCGACAAAUCUCUAACAUUGCGACUACUCUGGCCGCCAGGAUUGUGCAACUGACUAGACAAUCAUCUCAGCCGCUCAAGACGGUUGCUGUUCUCAUGGGACCUUGCCCAGAACUCUACAUUUCUUACCUCGCAGCUUUGAAGGCUGGAGUUGCCUUCUGCCCUAUCGCUGUUGACGCACCGAGAGAAAGAAAAGAGGCAUUGAUGGCAGAUUUGAAACCAAUUGCUAUUCUGACUACUUCAUCUCUCUCGGAACUGAAUACUUGGCGAGAUUCGACAGAAGUUGUUGAUGUUACUCCCUACCUCGCUUCCUGCGACAUCGAUCCACCACAGUUGUCAUCUCAGUCAACAUCUGUGAAUGACAUCGCUUACGUUCUCUAUACGUCCGGCACAACCGGCCUUCCCAAGGGCGUUGCAGUCAGCCAUCUCUCCGCAUCAUGCACGAUCUCCUCUCUGAGCGCCCACUACGACUUUCCUCUACCAGCGGUUGGAACCAAAUCAAUCCGAUGGUUUCAAGGUGCAGCACCGACUUUUGACAUUUCACUUUUCGAGAUUUUCUGGACUCUGAGCAGUGGAUCGACAAUCUGCUGUGCACCUCGACAUCUCACCCUUCAAAACAUUGACAAGGUUGUUACGACUCUGGAAGCUGAUAUCACGAAUAUCACACCCAGCUUCGCUAGCCUUCUGGAUCCCAACUCAAUCAAGGGGUUGAUGGUUGGUGGUGAGACACUGAAUGCAAGACUCGUACAGGAUUUUGCCCAGUGGAACCCGACGGGAAACGAUGAGACUGCACAUGUGCCUAAGGGUAUCUUCAACGGCUACGGUCCGACGGAGACAGCUAUUUACUGCAUUGCACAAGCUCAUGUCCCCGAGAACCAGCGAGGUUCAGUCAUUGGAACACCUCUGGCGACUUGUGGCGCUCUCAUUGUCGACCAGUCACUAUCACAAGGCCUGGAGCCUGUUCCUAUGGGUGCAGUUGGAGAACUCGUCAUCACAGGACCCCAAGUGAGCAAAGCCGGCUACGUCAACCGCCCAGAGGAGACUGCCCAAGCCUUUAUCGACGAUCCUAAAUGGGGUCGAGCCUACAAGACUGGAGAUCGGGCAAGAAUAGUCUUUGAUCCCAAUGGCUCACCUGUCAUUGAGUUCCUUGGCAGAAUAUCGGACGAUCAAGUCAAGCUCAGCGGACGACGAGUUGAGCUUGGUGAGAUUGAAAGUGUACUAGCCAGUAAGGUCGACGACGUGAGAGAGACUAUGGCUUGCGUCUGGAAGCAAGGUGCAGAGGCUGGCUCAGAAAAGAUUGUCAGCCUGAUCGUUGUUGAGUCUCGUACCGGAAUGACUUUUGAGGGUGUUCAUCAGAAGUGUGUGGAGGCUGCGAAGUUGCAUUUGCCGGAUUACAUGAGACCAUUCAAAAUUUUGGAAGUCGAUGCACUUCCGAGGUCCGCAUCUGGAAAGGCGGAUCGCAAGGCGGCUUUGAGAAUCGUCAAUGAUGUGCUGGCGCAAGAUGGUGAUACAAACUAUAAGAAGCCUAGUUUAUCUGACUCUUCACAUACUCUCGAGUCUUUGGAGGAUCCCGAGGAUGCCAAGCUGGAGGAAGAACUCAUUUCUACCGUCAGUGCCGUUCUUAGUGAUGGCUCUAUGAUUGCUCCUGUCAUCACACCUGCCACAGUUCUAGCAGAUGCAGGCAUCGACAGUCUUCGUGCAAUGCGCGUUUUGCGAGAUAUCAGAAUGCGAUGGCCAGUCUCUGAACGUCCCUCUAGCCAUUCAUCUCGCGCUAGACUCCAACCAUCACUGGCUACCCUUCUUGACCCAAACGCCACUAUCCGUUCAGCCUUCUUCCCCAGCGCACAGGACCUGAAUGUAUCCGCUACUUCAAGUACCAAGGAAUCCGCAACUAAGGCUAGGCUUGAAGAGUUUACUGCGAAGCAUCUGCCUGAGGCUGUUGACAAGCUCGGCUUGGAUGAGUCUGACAUUGAGAUGAUCCUCCCUGCUACUAGUACCCAGAGCCAAUUGGCUAUCAGCUUUGCUAUGGAUAAGCGCAACUACAUCAGUCAUACUGUCUUGCGACUCAAGUCUGACGUCUCUGCUUCUGCUCUGAAGGAUGCUGUUGACGCUGUACUUUCCCGACAAGCCAUCUAUCGCUCCGCAUUACUUCCCUGCGAUGAUAGUCUGUCCCCAUUCGUACAGGCCGUUUUGACUGGUAGCGCUUGGAAGAAUUUGGUGGGAGAAUCCAGUGUAGUCUUGCACAAGGGAGCUGGCAAUGCCUCUGAUGAGCAAACAUGGAUUGGACUGGCCGAGAAGAAGCUCAACCUUGAGAGUCACACGCUGUAUCACAUCCAGAUCAUUGAGUCGAGAGACUCCGACAGCGGUGGCCUUUUGGUGAUCAGCGCGGCACACUGCAUUUGUGACGGACCCUCACUCGAGGUGCUGAUGAGCGAUAUCACCCGACAGUAUGCUGGCCUUGAACCUCUUCCUCGGCAAGGCAUCUACGAGGCUGUCCUCAAUUGGGCCUCAAAUGUCAGCACUGACACGGAUCAGCUCUGGCAGAAGGCUCUCGAGGGUUGGGAGACUGAACCUCUUGGGGCCAUCAGUGGCAACAACGUCAAGCCACCAGCGGCUGGCGCUCGUCAACAUGCCAUGGUUCAGCACUCAAGUAAAAUUCCCUGGGAUGUACUCGAGUCCAAGAGUCGAGUACUGGGAGCCUCGCCACUUACAAUACUUCAAGCAUCAUGGGCUAUGCUCUUACACAUCCUCUCCGAGGCGGACACCGAUGAUGUGACCUUCGGUAGUGUUCUCUCCGGUCACGACGAAUUGAUCCAUGCGCCGACCUUCUCCGUCGUUCCUUGUCGCGUCGCACUUCCAGAGUCACAGUCGGUGCGACAGCUCAUUGACAACUUGAUGAGCCACUCUCGAUUUGCACAGAGUCACAGACACACUUCCUUCGGUGUCUUCAAGACUCUUCCCUACAACACCGCUCUUGCCCUGCAAGCUUACCCAUCUCCCGAAGAUGGCGGCGACGGUACCGCUCUGUGGACAGAGAUCUCGAACCCUGCUAUACGUUACGACUUUUCCAUGUUUGCAGAAGUCUUUCCCACGAACCCCAACUCUCCGGAUCGUAACGGACGGUUCGACGACGUUUUCUUCAAGGUGACUUAUCGCGACGAGACCUUCUCUGAGCUUUCUGCCUCGUGCAUUGUGAAGCAGUUCGCGGCUCUUACUGAAGUUUUACUCCAGUCUGUGCCGGACGAUCUAGUGCAGACGCUACCAGCACGCAUGAAUCGAGCCUUGCUGUCCGCCGAGGGAACAAUUCCUGCUCAGCACGAUGUGGAGGCGAUGCCCGCAGACCUACGUGAGGCUUAUGAGAGGACUCAAGUUUUGCAUGCUCAGUUCGAGGACCAAGCCGCGACUACACCCGAUCUCCUGGCAUUGAGCUUCUACUCUUCUCUGGAUGCUCCUCCUGUAGAGCUGACCUACGCUGAGCUUGACGGUCGAGCCAAUGGUCUGGCCAACAUCCUUCGCGAGCAAGACAUCGACAUCAUCCCCAUUUGCAUGGAACGCAGUGUUGAACUCUACGUCUCAAUCCUGGCCAUUAUCAAGGCUGGAUCCGCAUGGUGUCCUAUUGACACUACAUCUCCUGUUCAGCGACGCACAUCUCUCAUCGCCAGAGCACAGAGUAGGGUGUUGUUGACAAACACCGAGUCAUUGCCAUUAGUCGAGCCAUGUCUUGAGCAUGGGACUUUGAAGGAUGUUGAGAUCAUUUUGGUGGACAAGUACACCGAUUGCAAGACCUCUGUUCGAGCCAGACCACGUGCCAGCACCUUAUCGUCCAAGGUCAGUGGUAAAGAUCUAGCUUAUCUGCUCUGGACAUCUGGAACGACCGGAGAACCCAAAGGAGUCAUGAUCCAGCACAGCGCCGCUGCUCAAGCCAUGCGCGAUCUUCAAGUACAGGUCGAGCACGAUGACAGGGAACAAGUUCGCACGCUUCAACUCUCAGCCUAUAGCUUCGAUGUCUUUGUUCAAGAUCUGUUCUUCACUUGGGGCUUGGCCGGUACAGUCAUUAGCGGCACCAGAGAGCUCGUUCUUGGUACAUUCACAGAGUUUAUCUGGAAGUCUCAGCCAACGCAUGCCCAUCUCACGCCCUCCUUCGGUGCUAGCAUCGCUGUGAAUGAGCUGAAAGGUUCUACCUUGCAGUAUGUCACGUUUAUCGGCGAGAAGCUCACUGAAGAUGUCGCUGAAGCCUGGGCUGCUCCGGAUAUCACCACCCGCGCUUAUAACACCUACGGUCCAGCUGAGAACGCUGUCGUUUCUACCAUGAGGCGCUUCUAUGGUAAGAGUCGCGACGAUGCCAAAGCUGCUAAUGUGGGUUUCCCUCUGAACCCAUGCACAGCCUACGUUAUGCGCGAGGUCGGUACAGCGGAGGGCACUAACCGAUGGGAACUUGUCCCACGUUACGGCGUCGGUGAAUUGGCUUUGGGUGGCGCGCAGGUCGGCAAGGGAUAUCUUGCUAACGAAGCCAAGACGACAAAGGCUUUCAUCCAGGGUGGACCUGGUAUCGAUGAGCGCAUUUAUCUGACUGGUGAUCUCGUCCGUUUGAAUGACCAUGGCUUCGAGUUCCUCGGUCGCAACGAUGAUCUUGUCAAGAUCACUGGCAUUCGUAUCGAGUUGAGUGAGAUCAGCGCUGCAUGCGCGAGUCUGAAGGAUGAUGAUGCGGCAAUUGAGCAUGUCGAGACUCUGUACCUCCAGCGACCAGGAGCGCCGGCCGAGAACAACAACAAGGUUGUUGUCACGUUUGUGUCUGUCAAGGCUGCAAAUGUCGACACUGCGAAGAUCAGGACACGGGUGUUUAAGAGGGCGAAGGAUAUGCUACCCUCUUACAUGGUUCCUGGCCAUGUUGUCGUUUUGGAUACGACUAUGCCUAGAACCGCAUCGAACAAGGUGGAUCGAAAGGCGCUGCAGGCCAUCUAUGCAGAGUCGGACCUAAACAUCUUGGCUGGCAGAGAUGACACUGUCGGAUCGCAAAGCCAAGGGCCUACCCAGGCGCGACAACAGUGGACGACGGAACAGCUCACCAUCCUCAAGACCAUUGUGUCCAACUUCAAUAUCGCAAUUGAGAACCUUUCACCUGAAGACAGUUUGGCAGGCCUGGGUUUGAGCUCUCUCCAGGUUACCAAGUUAGCUUGGCUGUUGAGACGAGAGCUCAAAUGUCAAGUUGGAGUUCUUGAUCUCAUGAGUUGCGAAUCUCUGGGCGAAUUAGUCAACAUCACUUUGAGCCGCAUGCCCAAAACUACUCAGCCACAGACCAGCGACACGAAGCCUGCCGAGACCUCGUGGAUUGCCCCCAUCAAGGAAGCGCUCACAUCCAACAUCAAAGGCAAUUUGCGACCAAGCGACACAACGUCCAUUCUACCUGCCACACCAAUGCAGGAGUCCCUCAUCGUCGAGACUAUGCUCGAACCGCAAGCUUAUUGGGCUCAUCGCGUGUUUGACCUGAGUCACCUGGAUGAAGUUGACGGCCGCCAAUUGAAGAGAGCUUGGAUUGCAGUUGCCAAGCGCUUCGACAUUCUUCGAACAAUCUUUGUUCCUCUCACACAACUCGACGUCGACAAGAGCGAUAACACUGUCAGCUGGGCGAAGGAAUUGGGUGUUCAGUCUACGAUUCUUCAACUUAUUCGAGACAAACCAACAGUUCGCUGGACUCAGAUCUCCAGUGAGCAGAGCCAGACUCUCAAUGACGUGGCUAGGAUGCUACAGGCGGAGCUUUCUCCUACUACGACCAUCGAGCCGCCUUGGGCUGUUACCUUUGCUAAAGAGUCGAACAAGAUGAUGCUCAGUAUGCAUCACGCCCUCUACGACGCUGUCGCAUCAGACAUGUUCCUCGAGGCCGUGUCCAAAUUCUACAAUAUGGAACCUUUGGAAGAUCUAGGCAAGGUUGCGCAAUUCGACAGAGGCCUUAACUUGGGCUUAUUACCUACUCCUGUGAAGAGAGAUAAAGCGACGACACUUUGGAACCGUCGUCUGGAAGACCUGAGCAAGACGGUUUCUGGAGGCAUGCUAAACGCUCCUCUCCCAGACCUGACGCAGUCUCGACAGAAGCAGACUCAGAAGAUCCUCCUUGCCAAACAAGAUGUUCCGACUUCUCUAUUGGACUCUAAUUUGGGUGUGUCUCUUCCAACCUUGCUUCAAUCAGCCUUUGGUUGCGUUUUGGCCUCGUACCUCGAACUGGACUCUGUCAUCCUCGGCCACACCGUUUCCCAAAGAGCUUUGCAUCCCGAUCUCGAGAAUGUGGUUGGUCCUGCCAUUGCUACUUUGCCUCUCAUUGUUCGCUCAAACGCGUCUUCGGCUGAGGAGUUGUGGAAGGACAUGACCCGCGAGUCAGGGGAGUUGUUCAAGACAACACACAAUCUUCAUCCUGUUGAUGUGAAGAAGAUGCUCAAUCGGGGAAGUGGUAGUGGAAAUGCUCCCUUUCCAGGUCUUUUCGUGUACCACCCCGCAUCUGAUAACAAUGACAGUGACUCUGCUAGGCACAUGUUCAAGGAAGUGGGACAGGCGCUUUCACUCAAUGUUGAGCAUCCUCUUGCCUUGAACGUGUUCGAAGGCGACAAGUCAAUUGAACUCACCGGCAAUGGACGCCGCAUCUCUCAAUUGCAACUUGAACUCAUGCUGGAUCAAGUUCUGGAGCAAGCGCGGGCAAUGAUUGAAGCUUCACAGGUCCCGCUGUCGCAGCUACAGAACAGAAUGGGAGGACGUCUUCUGUCCACCAGUGGCACUAUUUCCACAAUCGACAACACCUCAUCAAACCCGACCGACAGUGUCGCUUUACACGCUUCUCAGCACCCCGAUUGGAUCGCAGCUGAGGAAGUCAUCUUCCAGUCCUCCGAUGAGGACGAAGAGAUUGUCACCAAAACUGCUACAUAUGCCCAGCUGGAUCAGCUCACGAAUGCCAUCGUUACGAAGCUCGCGCAACAUGAAGCCAAUAUCCAGCCUGAUGAUCCAGUGGCCAUGUGCUUGGGCAGAGACAUCAAGUCGCUGGCAGUUACUCUGGCCAUCUUCCGCGCUGGUUUCAUCUAUCUUCCUGUCGACGAAGAUCUGCCUUCUGCUAGGAAGCAGCUUCUCAUUCGCGACGCGGGUGCCAAACUGGUCAUUACCACGGAGGAGCUUGUCGGCGACAUUGACCUUGACGCUAGUGAUGAUGCCCCGGUUCUCAAACUCCCGGAUGGACAGGGCGACAUCGAUGAGAUACUCUCUUGGCCUGUAUCUGAGCACCGCUUCCAGGCUGGCGAUGGAGGUUACCUACUCUACACAUCCGGCUCAACAGGUCGUCCCAAGGGUGUUCGAGUCUCGAACAGCAACCUCUGUCACUUUAUCUCUGCCUUCAGCAAUCGCCUUAUUGAACAUUCUCCAGUAACAGCGAAGCUAGGUAGUGUUGGAAAGUACCUCAACCUCACGUCACGAGCCUUCGAUCCUCAUCUGACACAGCUCUUCGUGCCAUGGCAUCUCGGCCACCGAGUCGUCAUUGGCAAAGACCGCACAUCAAUGAUGGCGAACCUGAAGGAGCUCAUCAAUGAGUUGAACAUAACCCAUUUUGGAUCUGUUCCUUCAGUCUUGACUCAAUUGCGAUUGAGACCUGAGGAUGUACCCUCGGUACGAGUCGUCACUACAGGUGGUGAGAAGGCAUCUAACGAGCUUCUCAACACAUGGGCGCAAGACACAGGGGCAGGCGAUGACAGAGCUGUGCUCUUCAACUUUUACGGCCCAACAGAGGUCACCAUCGGAUGUCUUGGUCAUCCAGUCAAUCACAACUCCAACGCGCGCAACCUUGGUCUUCCGCUCCAAGGCCUGGAGGCUUUCCUUCUUUGUCCUAGCUCUUCUUCCGAUGACCUUAUCGUUGCGAUAAGAGGCCAGCCAGGUGAACUAUGUAUCGCCGGUCCCCAAGUCGCAACGGGCUACCUCAACCGUCCUGUGGAAGACGCCAAGAGCUUCCAGAUCGUUUCCAUCCUGGGAAGCACCAAGAGAGUCUACAGGACGGGUGACAUGAUGCGCAUGAUGAACGAUGGAUCGCUUGAGUUUUUGGGAAGAGCUGAUCAACAAACCAAGAUCCGUGGUCAGCGACUUGAACUGGAUGAGGUUGUCGGUUUCUUCAAGCAAGUUGCUGGCGACGCAGGUGACUUGGACUUUGCUGCCGCGGUCGCUUCUACUGGCGAUGGCUCAACUCAGCAGCAACAGCUUUUAGGCUUUGUCGCCAAGAAGGGAAGUAACCAAGAAGUUGGGCUCUUGUACGAUUAUGACCUCGAGGGAGCCUCGCUAUUGGAGACAAUUGAGCAAGAGUGCCAGGCCAAACUCCCAGCGUUCAUGGUUCCCACUAUGGUUUGGGUUACCAAGAUUCCCUACCUGGCUGCGUCUGGCAAAGUUGACACCAAGCUCUUGGGGCGAUUGGCAAGCGACUUCUUGGCUAGACAGCGAGAUGAAGAAUUUGAGAAUCAAAUCGGACAGAGUCUGAUCACCGGUGAUGAUCUCAGUCCAGAAGAGUCACUCGUCGUCACUGCCAUCGAAGAAUCUGUGGGUGUCAGUGUAAAAGCCACUCCACACAGCAGCAUCCACCGACUUGGCAUUGACAGUCUGUCUGCUGUGAACUUGGUGACUCUUCUGCGAAAACGAGGCUUUUCUCAAUUGAAGAUGACACAUAUCCUCACAACUUCGUGCACGGUUAGGGAUGUUGCCAGACUCGCCGAUCACGCCGCGUCAACAGACAGUACUCCGAUUGCGACACCCACGUCUACAGACGAUCAACAUGAGAUGCUGCACAGCUUCAAGACUCUAACUGUGGGAGACCUUGGGCUACUUCCGGAGGGCCUCGAUACCAACAACAUCGAGGUUGUACUGCCCUGCCUUCCUCUCCAAUCCGCGCUCAUCGCUCGCUCUUUGGUGUGGCUCAGCGCUUAUGAUGGAGUUUCAGAUGCACAUGAUGUACCCUAUGUUGCCCAGUUCAAUUACCGUCUUCAUCCCGACACCGAUAUAGCCAGGUGGAAAGCGGCGGCGGAGCAAGUUCUCACUUCGGAAGCCAUGUUGAGGACGUGCUUCAUCCAGCGAGAUGAGGACGGUCAGAUCUUCCAAGUCGUUCUUCGAUCCCCGCCUAUCUCGCCUCUACAGGACACUCAACCUACCGAUAUUGUAGCUCAGAUGCACGUGCAGCCUCCGGUCAGAUUGCUCGUUAUGGAGAGCCCCGAUGGAGCGACUGUCUCUCUCAAGAUCCACCACGCACUUUUCGAUGGUGUUGCUAUCGACUCCCUCAAACACAAACUCGAGCAAGCCUACAAUGAUCCAAGCUUUGCAUACUCCACUUCAUUCUAUACCAUGAAUACCCUCUCAAACAUUUCCCGUCACUGCAGCUUGACGGGCGAUCAAUUGGAAACCACAAAGCGCUCUUGGCAAGCAGAAUUGAGCAAUGUUCAACCAUGUCGUGUUGGAUCUAUGGACGACAAUAACACGAGCGGUUCAAUGGCUCGCUCGACAAUCUGCCUGGGUUACACAACUUCUGAGCUUAAUGCCAAGCUCAAGUCGGGAUCCGACGCAGCAAUCUCAACUUCUUCCGCGUUCCAAUUGGCAACCAGCCUCUGUCUUGCUCAUCUCACUCAACAGCCAUCCGUCAUCUAUGGAUUUGUCAUGUCUCUUCGACCACUACUCGACCACGUCGCCGAUGGCGUUGAUACUCUCGUCGCGCCAUGCCUCAACACAUUGAUCCGAACCCUCACUCUCCACGGCCAGGACGAGACUCUUCCCCAGCUUGCACAGAGAGUUCACAAAGGUCACCUCGAUGUCUGCCAAGGCACCAUGCCACUCGUCAGUGUCGACAAGGUCCAGCGCUGGUCUGGAUGUGAAGACAAGUUGUUCGACAGUCUUCUCAGCAUCAACGUCAUUCCCGCCUGCGAUGAAGAGGAGCCGAAGUCAGGACACAUGACUGCCUUGCCGACUUCCAGCAGCAGCGACAUGGCUCUUGCAAUUGAUGUCGACAUUCAUACCGACGGAAAGAUAGAGCUUACCCUUUCUUCCGCUGGUGCUUUGAACGAGAAGCAAUUGGGCGAUGUCGGCCGGAUAUUUGAGAAGGUUCUAUACAGCUGUGUGAAUAGUGAUGUCAAGAUCUCGGAUAUUGUACCCAUGCUGCCUCCAGUGAAGGCUCCUUCGUCAAUCAACAACAAGGGCGCUGGUAGUGACAGUCCCGAACUGAACAUGACUGAUGCGGAUUACCAGAGAGCGUUGGCCAAUGUACGAGAGACGAUCAGUCGCCUCCUCCGUCUCAACAUCUCUGAAGUAUCCUCUAAACCAGAGUCGACUUCUUUGUACCAACUCGGCCUCGACUCCAUCACAGUCCUUCCCUUCGUGAAGCAGAUCAACAAGUCUAACAAGACCAGGUUGUCAUCGCAUGGUGUCAUCAAGGCUCGUACUAUCAAGGGAGUCGCAGAACUUCUACGAGAUGCUAGGGCUAAGCAGGCUUCAACUACUGCUCAUAACGCUCAAGCAUCGGUCGCGAAGCCAGACAUCAACACAUUGAGCGACGGAGAUGUUUACGACAGGACCCUCGCUCGUCUAGCCAAGGACUUGAUGUUCAUCGCGACACCCCUCCAAGAAGGCAUGCUCAGCGCAUCGCUGGCCACGGGUGGCAAUGCAUACACCUAUGUUCAUGCCAUUCAACUGUCCGACUCUGCUCUUCAAGGCGACACUCCCGACCUCGACCAUUUCUUCGCUGCCGUCAAAGACACGGUAAUGGCCUGCGAGAUUCUCCGAACUCGGUUCAUGUUAACCGAAGACGAUGAAUCGCCAUGGGUCGGUAUCGUUUCUCCAACUGACCAGAGUGAUCUUGCUAGUUGGGAAGUCAAGUCAUCGCCCCGUGGUAGGGUUCAUCUGCGAAUCCACCAUGCCCUCUACGACGCCACCUCCAUCCACGCAGUCUGGCACAUCUUGGAGGAGACCUAUCUCAGACGCCUCAAGGGCGAGAGUGUUCAAACGCAAAGCUCGUCGAAGCGUUUGUUCCGUCCUUUUGCAAAGACUGUUGCUUCUUCUCAGAAGUCAUCAGUUGCAUUUUGGACUGAUGCUGUCCGAGAUUACACCUACACACCACUCGACUUCCCCACCAACGAGCUCAAGGCAUCGUCUGCUUUCCGUUUCUCUCUAGACGAGCAGGACCUUUCGCUUCUUCAUUCCAUGUGCAAACAGCUCGGUGUCACCAUCAAGGCGGCACUCCAAUUGGCAUGGGUCAAGGUCCUCUGCGAGUCGCUUUACCACCAAGCCGAUGUGGUUUACGGUGAGGUUGUGUCCACUGAUGCGGACGAUGAUGUCGCCAUUGUCGGCCCCACAAUCAACACUCUUCCUAUGAGAGUCAAGUUUGGAGCUACGGGCGAUGCUAUCACUGUGUCUCAGGCUUUGAGUCUUGUGCAAAAGCAGAUCGACUCUGCGCGCGGCACCAACUCAAUGGUAUCAUUGAGAAAGGUCCAGACGCAGUGGCGAUCAAACCAACAGGGACAGACUUCAGCUGGUCUCUUCCAGAGCCUUUUCGUGUUUGAUGGUAUGAUCGGUUCCGCCGGUACUGCUGACGAGUCAUCGCGACUGUUCAAGCCAGCAGAGACCGACUCUGCAGACUCGGCUGGUCCAGCCUAUGAUGACUAUCCUUUCAUUGUCAGCUUUCAUAUCAAGGACAACAAGCUGAACGGCAAAUUGAGAGCGAAAAUGUCGGCGACGGAGGUCAAUAGUAUUGGUGAACAAUUGUCCGCUUCUCUAAAGUAUGUGCUGCAAGGAUCGGACUCGCCCGCUAUUGACACCAAGCACCUUCGCGUGGUACCCAAGGCCGUGUCCGCAAAGCCAAACGCCGAUACAGUCGAGUUUGCGGACUUGAACGGUUUGACCCCAACAGCAGAUGCAGUCCUUAAGGUCGUUGAAAAGGUUAUUGGUACUAGGCGUGGAGGUAAGAAGAUUGGUUAUGACACCAAAUUGAUCAGUGUUGGUCUCGAUUCAAUCUUGGCUAUUCGGUUGUCAAAGCUUUUGAAGGAUCAGGUUGGAUUGAGUGUGAGUGUGUUUGAGAUUAUGAAGGGUGCCAGUGUUCGGGAUAUUACCACACGUUCAUCUUCAAGUGGAAAGGCGUCGGUUAAGAGGGAGGUAAGGUUAUCAACAGUGGAUGAGGGACUCAAGGCGCCGAUGACCAAGGCUCUCGGUACAUCAGAGAGCCUGAUCAAGUCUGUUCUACCAGCUUUGCCUGGCCAGCGAUCGCAUUUGGAGCAGUGGGUACACAAUGGCAAGAGGUUCUUCCAGCCACCGUGGGUGUACCGAGUCGACGACUCUUUCACCAAGGACAAGGUGUCCAAUUCCUGGACUGAACUUGUCCGCACUCACGAUGUUCUUCGAACUACCUUUGUGUGCAGUGAGAAUGCCGGAGCUCUCUUCCAGGUGACUCUCGAUGAGAAGUGGUCACCGCAGAAGAGCUUCGCUAUCAUUCGGGAGUCAUCGAAGACGAUCGAGGCCUUGAUCAAUAAUCAUGUUGCCGAGGAAAAUAUCAGGGUGUCUGACAUGAAGAGCCCUGCAGCUCGGUUGUCAUUCUUGGAAGCUUCUGAUGGCAACGCAAUUGUGGUAAGACUGCACCAUGCGCUAUACGACGGAUGGAGUAUCAAAAUGAUAGAGAAGGACUUGAAUCAGCUUUUGGCGUCGGGCAGGAUUAAGGCAUCUCGGCCAUCACUGCAGAACACUGUUCAGCAGAUGAAAGACAUCAGAAGUCCUGAUGCCGAGAGCACCUAUUGGAAGCAGUACUUGUCGCGCGCCGAAGAGACCAUCUUCGGCGCUUCUGAUACUACACCAUCGCCUUUGGGUUCACAGUUCAAAGCGACUUUCCCAGCCAACAUCUCUCAGGCAGCGAUUGACCUGCUUUCUCAAAAGAGUCAAUCGCAGACUUCCACAGCCAUCAUCCUCGCUUACGCGAAGACUCUUCAGCACAUGGCACAGAAGACACAGCCCACUUUUGGUCUCAAUCAUGCGUCAAGAUCUCUCUCAUCAUCGGAUGGAACGCAAACCCUCGAUUUAACGGGUGCAAGUGUACCAACACUUACUGUUACACCCUUGUCAGUAGACUUGACCGCAUCAUUGGAGAGUCAACUUGAGUUCAUUCAGGAUCAUCUCGCACAGCUUACAUGCUUUGCUCAAGCGGAUGGUCUAUCCAAGAUCAGUCCCAGGUUCAACUCGUACCUUAACAUCAUUCACCGUACCGGUACCACCGAAUUCAAUGCCAACGAUGGUGGAGCUUUGCAACGAUACAGACUUCCAGAGCCUCUAGCGUCAAGCUAUUUCACAACUACGGAGCCUUCAUCAAUUGUGUCUGUAGUCGAUCAGCUCGACACGAGCCAUUUGUGCGCGCACAGGCUAUUCUUCAAUGUUAUUGUAAGCCAGAGCGAGGAUAUCAAGAUUACUCUCAGUGCGGAUGAGGCGAUUUGGGGUGGAGAUCACGGCAUGAUUGAGAAUUUGGUGCGAUGCUUUGGCGAUAGACUGGAGGAAGUAGUGAAGGAGUUGGAUUAG